GAGAAAAAUCAUAAAGGAUCCUUGACCGUGAACGUCCACUACUAUCAAGUGAUUCCUAACAGGGUAGCCACAUGUGCCAGGCUGUUACUAACUGGCGAUCGCACGAUCGUUUACAGGAAGAAAGUGUGACGUAGUACCCUAGUGACCCACAUUUCUAGUGUGAACAAGAAAAGAGGAAUUCAAAAUAAAAAGCCAAACGUGUAAAGAAUCUUGAACAACUCGACAACAGGAUGUGACACGCAGGUGCAUAAGUGAUGUAAUGAUAAAGUAUUGAAAAUUAUUUCCGGCUUCAAUUUGGCACAAUCGAAAAUAAACGAAACACAAGAUAAGGAUCAUGGUUUAGUGCCCGACAGUGUUGCAAAGUAUCGUUUGGUGAGAAGUAAAAUAUUUUUUUACACCACACAACAACAACGAUAUUUGACAAUAGUUCGCAGCUAGUGAAAGAAAGAUCGUGCAUUACUAAGCUAAGAAUAAUGAAGUAGUGGAUGGAGCACUGAUUACCGAGGACGAGAGUGACUGUUUAACGUGGUGUUGUGAAUAGAACAUACAAUCGACGCAUGUCCGAUUCUGCUACCGUCAUACCCCACCCCCGGGGGUGAAAUGCUUUGCGGAGGUGCUAGUUGAUGGUGGUGAGUGACCACUUACCACACCACCAGAAGACGGUACUGGUCCCGAGCCAGCACGCGCUGUCAAAGCAUGGUGACGAUGACCCACUUUAUACUUGGUCGUUAGUUGUGUUAUUUUUUUCGUAGUGUGUGUUAUUGCUUUGGAUAGUUUUCUUUUCCGUGCUGGCAUUCCACGUCGCUGAUGCGUGUGCAAGUGUAAGAAAAAGUUGUGGAAGGAAGACAACAUACAUGAUAUGUGUGUGUGUGUGAAUGUGCAUGUGUAUGAUCGAGUUAAGGUGUCUGGAGGCGGAUUUAAGUGACUUCCAAAUGUGAUCGAAUAUGACGAAAGCAUUUUAAUCGCGCUUAUUCUUUCAAGCUAUUAAGGGAUUAGAAUAAGCCAAUAGGAGUAUUUUUUUUUUUGUUACGUAGCUUCAAUCUUUCAAAAGUGUGUCAAAGUACAUUCAAACCAUUAUUCACACAUUGUUGCAAUGUUUGUUUAUUUUUUUAUUUUUGCAAAGUGUUUUGUUACAAUCGUUAACAUAACAUAUUUUGAGUUGCGUUUGUGUUUACCGCCCUUCUCAUUACCCGUAUGCCCUUACUUCUACGCAUGGGCCGAUUUGUUUAUGUUCAUACCUGAAGCAAUAAUCAAACAAAACAACCACAGUUGCAUUACCAAAGCAUAAACACCAACAAAAAAAACACAUAGGAAGUGAACCCAAAGCUAAUUUUGAUUGCAGUGUUUAACGUCGUGUACAAUAUAAUUUGGUGAUUGCAGUGAGAUCUUUGCAGACAAAAGAAAUAGAAAAAUUAAAAAAAGUACAUCUACCGUGAGAUGAGGAUAUAAACAGUGUUAAAAUCUCAACAAAUUAUCCGUAAUGUGAAGAUCUGUCCAUCAGCAAAAUGCCGAGCAACACAGCAACAGCUUUCAGAAGAUACUCAAUGAUUGAUGUAGUGUUUGUUAAUUAUAAUAAUUAUGUUCUCUAACUAAGUUGUUCUACCUUUUUGUUUUUCGUGUUACAGUGACAGUGAUUUAGCUACAUCGUUCAGUGAUUGCAAUAUGUGAGUGAUUAUAGUGAAAACAGCAAAGUUCCAAUUGCUUGAAGUUUGUGAAGCUCAAGGAAGUUCACCGCCGACGCAACAUUUCCGAUACGAGCCAACUUUUACGAAGGCGUAGUUACUACAUGCAAACGAAUGAAAUAGUCUACAAUAGUGCAUUUCGAAAAAAAACGGAAAGAACCGUUCAACAGUGGUCCAAAAAAAAGCAAACGGGCCAAAAGUGUAUCAGUGCUAACAUCUGUGGAGGUUCAACCGGGGCUGGAUACGACAAAAAGUGUUACGAGUACAACCGAUCGCCGAUCUUCCUGUGUGGUCCUGACGCACGCAUCCUUUCUCUCUCAUCCCACCCGUGAUCUUUACCGUCUGUGUAAAUACCUGCACGUUCUGCCGAAUGAUUUGGAAAUUCCUCAAAAGAACGAUCACCUUUAGUUUGUUCGCCUAGCAGGCUGAAACUUUUACUAUCACUUCUACUUCUUUUCAUCCUUGCUGGCUUCACUCUACCGUUUAUUUGAUUGGAUCUGUACAGAAUACAAGUUUUUUUGAUAACUUCACUCCGAACACAAAAGGGGUGCAAAGAACAAGGAACUCUUCCGACAUCUAUGCAAAUACUCUCUUCCAAAUCUUCUAUCAUCGAACUAUCGUAAACGAUUUGCGUGAGUACAACCUUUGUCUGUUUUCUAUUGUACAUCAUUUCAUCUCUUAUCAAUAGCCAAUUCAAUAGUAUCAGUAUGCUUUACAGCUUCGUAGAUUAGAUUUUAACAAAUAACUUACUACACAUAAAAUAGAGCAGAGCUUUCAAUAAUUUUCCCCAACAAAACCCCCAAAAAUAAAACUUUUCUUCUGAUUUUAACUAACACGCUAUUUCUUGCUUUCAGAAUUUCUUCAUCUCACUAACAAGUACUCAAUAAUAUCUCCAACUAUUACUAACCGGUUGUUAAGUAUACCAUCAAAAAUAUGACCAUUUUACGUCUUUUGGGGAAUUCUCAAAUUUCUUCCACCGUUACAACCGGAUACGCAAGUUUGACUUGACGGAAAAGACACUUACCGUUCGGCGAUGAACGUCCCAAACAGUACGACAUCUCUUAGUGUAAGCAUCCUCUAAACAGUGAGUGUGAAUCAACAUACUAUUACUCGUCCAACGUACUCCCCACUAGUACAGAUCACGCACGCACAACGUUUUUGGUACGUCGAUGACGAUGGAUCGUAACCGUUCUACACGGAUGCCGAGGGCGAUAACCUUCCACCGCUGGAGUUUAGCUGCUUGAUUAAAGGCUGAGACCAUGCACGAACAGCUUCGGAUGCUAACGGAGGAUCUUCAACGGAGCAUAUUCUACUGGCGCAUGAUCGUUGCCUAGCUUGCAGCCACAAGUGCACUAGGGUACCCUAGUGGUACCUACUUCAACACAGCCGCCAGCUAACGUCACCCGACACAACAGUAAACAGUACCAAAAAAAGUAUCGAGUUUUCGAUUCGUCGAUCAAUAUUCCAAUAAUCCAUUUUAAAUCAACGGACAGUACAACCAAUCAUCUGCGCGAAAGUGAUCACCGGGUGACUUUGCUAAUGCGAGGGGCGUCGCAUGCGACCACGCCUAAACAUUACACUAGCCCCAUGCACCUCGAGAGCAUGGUCAACUGCAAGAUGAGCUCGCAGAACGAUUCGGUCGAGGUGGAAAGUUUACUGAUGAGCCCGUGCUGGAACCAGUCCACCAGCGUCACUGAUCAGUACCUGCUCGAUGGUCACAAGCUGCUGCUCGAGGCCGAACUCGACUCGCUGCCGAGCGAUGGCGAAACGCAAAAGAGUUCCAUGGACGUGCUCGAGAACCUGCUGCUCAAUUCGGCCGCCUCCAUCACAAGCAACGGCGCGAACGGACACAGCCACUCGAACGGUCACAUAGGGGGCGGUGGAGGUGGAGGUGGUGGUGGUGGCGGCGGCGGAGGUGGAGGGGGAGGUCUCGGGAAUGGAGACGUGAAGCCACUGCCCUCGUUUACCUCCUUCAAUACUGGCCACCUGUCGAUCAAUGGUAUCUCCGGGUACCAUUAUACGGCGAUCGCUCAGCGUUUACCGGAGGAGAAUAAUAAUUACACGCAAAACACGUACACGAGUGGUGCUACCGGUGGGUCUGGCCAUCUGGGAGGUAGCAGUGGGACGACGAAUGGUAAUGGAAAUGCUCCCGGUACCGGAACCAGCGUCGGUUCGACGGGUAGCGAUAACAACAUCGUUUCGUCUACAUCAACCUGCCUGCCCGACUCGGUACUAAAUCCGGACGGAUCGAGUGCCGACAAUGGGGGCGGUGCGUGUAGUCUGGCUGAUGUGAAGCUCUUCUCGGAUGGGUCGCUUGACGGUACCAAAAUCUACAGUGCACCUGCGGACAGUUGCGUAAUGAAUGGGGCCGAUUCUGUGUCGAGUGCGCGGAUAUUCGUCGAUACGAAGGAGUUGUCCGAGUACGAUAUGAGCUCGAUCGAGGAUAUUGCCGCGAUCAUUGGUUCGGCGAUUGCUGACACAACCGUGCCGAGCAGCAAGGUGGAGAAGGAGGAUGGUAAUGAUACGCGCGACUCGUGGAUGGAUCUGGACGCGUGGAUCGAGGGCACCUGUACCGGUGUGCCAGAUGGUGGUAAGCUCAUCGUAACGCAGCAGGACUCGCUCAGCGAACUCAUCCUACCGAGCUCCCCCGUACAUACGUCCAGUGGCACUAGCUCCACGUUGCAGAGUCUGCUGACGCACGGUUACAUGCCACUGCUGCAGAACCGAUUGCAGCACGGACCACCGAUCAAGCUGGAAGCGCCAAGCUCAACCUCGUACUGCGGUGAGCUGAUAUCCACCUCUACUAGUCCACCCGGGUCGGUCGUCUCGACCUCCACCGAUAAUCUCAUACUCAACGGCAGGUACCUGCAGGGACAUCAUCACCAUCAAAACGGACACCACUUUGCGCUCGGGUCGAUGGGAUCGCUCACCAAACCGGACGGGCUCUGCAGUCCGGAGCUCGGCCUAAGCAAUUAUCCCCACACGACCACCACCACCUCUACAUCCUCCUCGAGCGCUAGCAACUCUCCGACGACACCAAAAAGUAAACGGCGUAACCACAAGCAGCAAUCGAAGCAGCCGGGAACGCUCGUCCCGACGCCUACCGGUGCCCUCAACGCCCAACAACAUCAGCAGCAACAACACCAUCAACAGCAGCAGCAGCAGCAGCAACAACAUCACCAACAACAGCAGCAACAACACCACCAACAGCAACACCAGCAGCAGCAACAACAGCAACAACAACACCAGCAUCAGCUCAACGCUCAAUCGCAACAGGCCGCGGCACUCAGCUUCCAGGCGGCGAACGAUCUCAGCGGGCUACUCGGCAAGGAGAAACCGGUCCACCGGUGUAACAUCUGCAACCGGGGUUUUCUGAACAAGAGCAACAUUAAGGUGCACCUGCGGACGCACACGGGCGAGAAACCGUUCCGCUGCGAGGUGUGCGCCAAAGCCUUCCGGCAGAAGGCACACCUGAUCAAGCACCAGCAGAUACACAAGCGGAUUGGGCGCGAUUGACCAUCAGAGACGGUGCCGCCGAGGAGUUCGUCCGGUGCGCGCAAAGCCAAACGCACAUCCGACGACACCGAGUACGGCACCGUCACCGGCGACUAUCAUACCAACGACGAUCAGCACAACAUUCCAUCCGAACUGGAGGACCUGGACGAGCUGGAUCUCGACAUGGAGCUGGAGCAGGAUCAAGCGAACCAACGGUUUCAUCGUUCCUUCGUACCGUUCGUGUGAUCGACGUGAUCGACGUAAUCCCAAAAGUCGUGUUUCUGUGUAGAUUAGUGAAGUUAUUCGGUGCGCUGGCAAUGCUCCGAAUAUCUGCGAUUCGGUGCGGAGAGUUGUGCAGCCAAUGUCAAAGAAACAACAAAAACACACAUUAACACUCGUACCUCAGGAGAUUAGUGAAGUAGUUGCUGGGAGGAAGAUGCUUGCUGCUAUCCUCUUUUCAGCUUGUGUGGGACCAAUCUGUCACAAGGACGGCAGGGUUCUGGUGUGUACAUAGAGAAGGGAUGGCGCUUGCUCGUGGUGCUCGCGAAUGUCCGGGCCGGGCACUUGUAACACUCAAAACAAAACAUAUUUAUUUCCUUCCGGCGCUAAUACCCCCGGAGUUGCGAUCCACGAGUUGACGCUUCCCAUGAUUGUUAUGUUAUUACGCCUAUCAUUAUUAAACCACGUGUUUGCCGUCGUGUUGCUGCAGAUAGGAGUAAAGUAGAAGCUAGGGCUAUUCGCGAUUAGUGGCGGAUCGGCGGUUGGUGAAUGUAAUUUAUAUCUGUAACAAAUGUACGCUAUAACGCUAAGUUAGAUAUUUAUUCGUUAACUCCAGCGUCAACUGU